AUUUCCUUCCCACUCUGGUCCUCGCGAGUCUCGGUCUGGCUCUCGACACGCUUUGUCAGUCUUUGUCUCUCUCUAAGCUCCUCCUCCACCCGCCAUCCAUAUUUCGUACACUCGCAUCUACCACCACACUUUUUGUCCUCUUCUUCAGCCAAUCUUCAGAGUCCUUUAGCACGCCCAAACGCUAGCCGCUCGCUGCUUUGCACUCUACCAACUCUCGUCACCAAAGCCUCUUGUCACUAUUUGAGGCCUCCUUCCUCGCCCAUCACCUUUGGACGACCCGCCUUUGGUCCUUUGCCGCGACACCUGCGCUACUCUACACCCGAGUCUACUCUCGUUACUUGAGUUCGGGAGGCCAUUCGUUUAGCAGUUUGAUAUUUUCUUCGACAGUGGUGUUCAGUCACUACAACUCACCGUGUCAUAGCCACUGUCGUGGACUUUGCCCGGGCCUGGCAACGCCUACAAUCGCCUCCCAUCGACUCCGCAGAUCCUUGUCCGAGCGCACGUCGACCAUUUCGCCACUCCUCUAAGACUUGAGAAUACUCCCACCCCACAGAAUUUGCCAUGUCGACCGUCGUAGCAUCUGCUACGGUCGUCUCCAUGCCUCCUCUCGACCAUAAUCCAAGCCCAAGGAGCUACCCCCCACUGGCUCCUUCAACGUCUGUACAAGCGAAAGAGAGAUCCGCCGAACUACAGACUGCCGCUGAGGCUGGUAUGAGCUACAACAUGAAUGAGAGAACGCCCUCUGAUGGCAAGCGAUCUCCCAGGUCAAUUAGAAGCGCUGGAAAUCCUAAAAUCUUUGUGAAAAAGGAACCUCCAACAUCUCCUUCCCUGCAAGCCAGCACCCGUCACCGGCCCAAGAAACUCGAUCUGAAUACAAACACAAAUGUUGUCACAACGACCCUGAACUCAAAACCCUCCGCUACUCCGAUGACUGCAAGGGAUGGGCUGAUUCUACAAGAUGUUGGCCUUGCCUGCUUAUCACCAGGGUUCCAAACCCAAGACCCUGCGAUGCGUGAACAAUUGGAGCGAAGUAUCAGUGUUCGAGAUCAACAGCGAUCAAUCAUACAGGCUCGACUACUCAAGUCUGCGAGAGGAGAGCAACCUGAUUCUGGCAAAAAUACUGAACAGCCUCAUGCUCCCCCUUCCAAGACGCCGAAUUCAAACUCCAGGAAACGCCCUCCUCCAGGGCUCUCCAUCGUUCCACCGGCGGCCGAACGUUUUGCCAACGAACGCAUCAUCCAAUCUGCUCCCUUGAACCAGACAUUUACAGGCAGAGAUGCUCACCCUCCAUCGCGACAAGUGCAAAAUGGCACUUCCAAUAUGUCACAGACCUCACAUAUCCAUCACAUACCAGCAGUUCAGACAAAUAACCGGCUUCCUCCCAUAACAGAUGUUUUUGGAGCAAGCGAACUCAAUCCUGGUCCAGGGAGACCUAGCUUCUUACACGCCAACUCAACCCCGUCUCAUACCCAUGGUCCACCACUGCCCUCGCCAGGAUUUCCUCCCCAGACAGCCCAUCCCAUGUCACAACCCCAGGCGCCAUUGUUCGAUAGACCUCGAGAGUACAGAUCUGCCGAGGAAGCUGUGCAUGAGCUGACUGGUGGGCGCGAAGAUCUUCUGCCGAAAAUUGUCCACUACGGUGGCCACCAACCUCCAACUCCACCAUCGCCCCAUAUUGAACGAAGCGACAAUUUGACGCCGAACAAGUACCUACCGAUCGGUCACACCAACAGCCGCCGAAGAAGUCGGAACGAAUAUGAGGCUGGCUCUAGUCCUCCGCUGGGUCCUGGUCCAGAUCCGAUUCGCCAUAGUGGACCUUUUGGUGAAGGGAGAGAUAGCCCUGCGACACAAAAAGCCAAGAAGGAUGAGUUUUUGUCCUUGUGUGCGAGAGCCUGGGAUCUCUUCCACUCUUGAGCAUAUCAUGGAUUUCAAGAUCUUUUCGUGUUGGCACCGAUGAGCUGGUGUCACACAACUAGCGUACUCACGACCCUACUGCAAUCGUGCCUUCAUUAUGGCUGGGUCUCGUCUCUUUUCUCAAAUUGAUCAAUAUUGCAGCCCUGCCCAGGAUUUUGUUGACAGUCACGAUGGGAUGCUUUCGGAACGAGAAAUGUCUGGAGUUGUUGUUUGAGAGGGAUUAAUGGAUGCAAGGUCUGGACGAUCACCAGGCAUACCGAGUACUGGCUGGACUAGGACUGUUGUAAUAUCACACAGCGACUGUGGGGUUUAGUUUUUGGGCGACAAUAUGGUUGAACAGGAGCAUGUCGAGGGUCAAAUUGAUUCAGGAAUGGCUGCAUACUUAGCUUUCAAUGAAAGGUUACUCU